AUGGCAUCAUCGAUUAAAGGUCCAGUUGAGCUUCCAGCUUCCAGGUUCGAUCUCUCCACAUACUGGGGUAGAGUACAGCAUUGCGCCGAGAUUUCAGACCCAACCAUGCUCUUGAAUACAUCCAAGGACAUUGAACAAGCCAAGAGAUUGGUCUGGGACUACAAGAACGGAGUUAUUCCAUCUAUGACUCCUGAGUUAUGGAGAGCCAAGAAGAUCUUGGACUCGGCCAUCCAUCCAGACACCGGUGAGACUGUUAUCUUGCCCUUUAGAAUGAGCUCAUGUGUAUUGUCCAACUUGGUGGUUACUUCAGGUAUGUUGACGCCAAAUUUGGGGACAGCAGGGACUCUCUUCUGGCAGGUAGCCAACCAGUCUUUGAAUGUUGCUAUAAACACGGCUAAUGCAAACAAGUCUCACCCAUUAACUACACAACAGAUCGCAACCAGUUAUGCCUUGGCUGUGUCUGCGUCUUGUGGAGUUGCCCUUGGGUUGAAUCUGAUUGUUCCACGCUUGAAGUCGAUUUCUCCUGUUACUAGAACCGUAUUAGGUAGAUUGGUACCAUUUGCUGCUGUUGUGUCUGCUGGUGUAGUCAAUGUGUUCUUGAUGCGUGGUGAGGAAAUCAGAAAGGGUAUCACUGUUACGACAUCAGAGGGUAAAGACGUCGGAACUUCCAAAACUGCUGCCUUCCAUGCAGUUGGAGAAACCGCCGCCAGUAGAGUUAUCAAUGCAACCCCCGUUAUGGUCAUUCCCCCAUUGAUUCUUGUCAGGUUGCAGAAAUCGAAAUUCCUAAAGGGUAAGAGCAAGAAGGUGGAAGUAUUGACUAACAUUGGUUUAAUCUUCUCCACUUCGCUCGUAGCCUUACCGUUUGCUUUAGCUGUCUUCCCACAAAGAAGAGAAAUGUCUGUGGAAAAGUUGGAGCCAGAAUUUCACAACUUGAAGGAUUCAAAGGGUGCCCCUAUCAGCACAUUAUUCUUCAACAGAGGUAUCUAG